AUGCCUCACGUGGUAUUGAGCGAGGUCAACAAGCUGUCGAUGCUGCGCGCCUUGGAAAACGGACGAUAUCUAAGUAUGGGUUUCCGUUCGUGGGAUCUGUACGAGUAUCCCCUGUUGCAGAACACGACCAAGCACUCGUGGGCCAUUAAGACCGCGACUCAGCUCGAGAAACCGCGAUACGUCAUCUUCGCUCUGCAAACGGGUCGGAAGAACGUCAUGUCCGCGGACACGAGCCGAUUCGACGACUGCAAACUGACCAACGUGAAACUCUACCUAAACUCGGAAGUCUAUCCGUAUGACGAUUUGAAUUUGGACUUUGGUAAACACAGAUGGGCGAUUCUGUACGAUAUGUACGCGCGUUUCUGCAAGGGCUAUUACGGAUACGAAUAUCUCGAGCCGAGUCUCACCGUUUCAACUUUUCUACGUAACGGGCCGUUCGUGAUCAUCGAUUGCUCUCGACAAAACGAAUCCGUCAAAAACGCCACCGUGGAUGUCAGACUAGAAUUUGAUUGCAUGGAGAACGUACCGCCGAAUACCUCCGCGUACUGUCUCAUCAUACACGAUCGCGUGAUCGAGUACAAUCCGUUGACCAACGUAGUGCGCAAAAUAGUCUGA